AUGAUCGACGAGAUGCUGUCGCUGCUCGCGCGCGUCGAGGGGAGUAAGGUGACGCUGGCGGCGUCCGCGGCGCAUCUGUUCGCGUCCGCGCGGGGGCCGCGCGACGCGAUCGUGAACCGCGUGCACGACGGCGGCGGCGGCGGCACGGCGGGCGGCGUCGAGCGCGCGACGACGACGACGACGACGCCCGAACCCUUCAACCUCGAGAUGGACGACGACGACGCGGAGGACGCCGUGCCUCCUCCUCCUGCCGCCCCUAAACCGCACGUGUCGUUCACGCUGUGGGGCCCGUCCACGGCGCACAUCGACGCGUGGGCGAAGCGGACGCUGGAGCGCGACCGGAUGUACGUGGACGUGAAGCGCUGCGACGCGAAGGAGGCGUUCGUCUUGGGCGCGUACGGCUGGCUCCGGCCGGCGUACGCGCGGUUCGCGUGA